AUGAACCUGCGGCCAAGCUCCAGAUCCCAGGAAGCCAGGCCACAGGCCGAGGCCUGUGGAGUUCCCCACGAUAGCCAAGACAAACCAUCGGCUGUCACCCCCAGUGCGGAGAAAGGAGGGAGCGAUCGAGCCAGGCCCGAUGCUGCAUUUCCAUGUCGGCUCGGGACCUGGAAACUGGAGCUUGAGACCCCCAAAGCCAUUUCCGAUGUCAGGUCUCCGAGGAGCUGUGCAAAGCGGAAGUGUGGACGCGGAAAUGGUGCAGAGAAGGGCCUUAUUGAGCGGACGACUCAUCGGGCAAGGAGAUGGCCCAUUGCAUGA